AGAAGUUACUUAGGCACAACAUUCAAAUCAGCACUAUUGAGCUGUGUCUCUUUUACCCUAUAAUUACAUUAAGAGACCCAAGGAUGGCUGGAAAUAAAAUAUUGCUUGGGGUGUAGCUAGCAACUGGUCCACACCUCACCAAAUCAAAAAGAAAAAUCAGAAGACAGCACCCUUCUAAUCUUGGAAAGGAAGGGUGUGCCAAACAGAAAGUAGAAAUGUCACUCAGUGAUACAGGAAGGGCGCAAAGGUGGGCUAUUAUUCAUUUUUUUUUUAAAUAUAUAUAUUUUUAAAAUAUCAUACUUAAAAUACAUAAAAAUCCAACAAGAUAUUUUUAAGAUACUUCAUUGGGGAUUUCUGAAAUUGUAGCACACAUAGACAUUGCUAGAUAUUUUAGUUUAAAAUAUCUUUACAGCAAAAAAAAUAAUACAGUAAGGCAUAUUCAAUAAAAUAAAAUUAUAUUCCAAAUGACCACCAGAUGGAGCGCACAACAAGAUUUCCGACAAAUAUUCUUACUGCAAAUUUCACUCAGCUGUGAUUAAUAGCCUAUUGAUUGACAUUUACAUGAAAUUAAAAAAGAUGAAAAAAUUCUGCAUUCAGCAAUAUAUGUAUAUAUAUAUGUGUGUGUGAUAGAAUUACAUGAAUAAGUCCCCUACUCCUCUUAUAUCACAUGAAUAAAUUAAACUACACAUGUUAAUAACAAAAAAGGGUUUCUGUUUGUACUACAAAGUGUUAGUUUUUUGUUUAAUAGAUUAAAUAUCUACAGACUAAACAGAACGACACACAUAGAGAACUACAAAGCCUCAAAUGUGCGUCUGCUGGCCACAUCCAUCAGGAUUGUUUGGACAAAACCAAGAGAAAUGGGGAGGGAGAAAGAUUCAGGAGAGGAGGGUCUUGGAAAAGGAUGGAUUUCAGGAGACCAGCGGGAGGAGGAGAGAUGGAAAUAGUGAGAGGGGAGGGCUGAUAACUACAUCUGGAACUUAUUUGGAACAAGAGAGGGAGGAAAAUAGCUGAGAGAAAACAUAGAAACCAAGGGAGAACCAGAAAUUAGUAAUCAGGGUUCAGGGAAUUAACAAGCAAACAAAUACUUUGAAGUUGUUUGUUGCAUAAAAAAUCAAAUAUAUUUUGGAACCUUAAGAGAAAACUGGGAGAGAAAUGAUAGGAGUCUGAAGGAAUUAAACAACAAAGAAAGAGAAGCUUCUGAAGAAUUCUGUAACCCACAAAACUGCGAGAACAAUAUCUCAAGCCUUUAUGGUUUUGUUGCGUCUUAUGAAGAGUCAUUAACAACCAGAAGAACUGGAGGAAUCACAUCUGCAAUGUGGAUCAUUUUGAUCUAUAAAUAAAUAAAGCAAGGUCUCAUGAACUUCAUCAAUACGAAACAAAAAGACAAUAAAGGAAGCUCUGGAUUCAGGACAACGUGAAAACUCAACUCUGUUCAUAGAAACUCUUCAUUUGCCUGUCCAUCACUUUUUCUGUCUCCAUCUAAAUCAAGAAUGUCUGUGUCACGAGGUUGCCUCUGCUGUGUGAAAUACCUCAUGUUCAUUUUCAACCUCAUCUUCUGGUUGGGAGGAUGUGGUUUAUUUGGUGUGGGGGUGUGGCUUGCCUUCACACAGUCAGAGUUUUCCUCUCUACCGCUGUCCUUCCCUUCACUCUCUGCGGCCAACCUGCUGCUUGUUGCUGGAGGCGUCACCAUGGUGACAGGGUUCCUCGGAUGCCUUGGUGCUCUGAAGGAGCAGAAGUGUCUCUUGAUGACGUUUUUCGUGACCCUUCUGUUUCUAGUCCUGAUAGAAGUGGCGCUGAUUUUGGUUUUGAGUGUGUAUCAUAAAGAGUUGGACAAGAAAGCCAAGGAUGACCUAAGAGAGGGAAUGAGAGCCUAUCUCACAAAUGAGGAGCUAAAAAAAUCCUGGGACAACAUGCAGAGAAUUUUCAAGUGCUGUGGUGUGAGCAACCACACUGACUGGCACAACAAAACAUCCAGUGGCAAACCUCCUGAAUCCUGCUGCAGAGAUAAUAUUGAGGACUGCCAUCACUGGGAAGAGCCGUGUUAUGAGAAGGCCAAAGACUGGCUUCUGGCUAACAUCACCUCAGUGCUUGGGUUUGGAGUUUGCAUUGGAAUCGUUCAGAUUCUUGCUCUGGUGUUCUCCAUGCUGAUGUACUGCCAAAUCCUACGAGCAGAAAAGUACAUGGACUGACCCUAUCUUCGGCCCACUGUGCCAGGGGCACUUUAAAACACAAUUCAGAAUAUGUAAUAAAUGUUUAAAUGGACUUGCCUAUUAGAGAUACUGAACGUGAUAUAUGGAAGCAUAUGGGUAGCAUUAUUCAAUUUGGGAUGUAAUAUGCAAAAUGACA